AUGACGGAUCUAAGGAGGCGGUUGCGAGAGCAGGGUAUAGAGUACAGGGUUGUCAAGAAUACCCUGACUCUACUGGCGGCCCAGCAGCUGGGCAAGGAGGGUAUUGGCGGUGUGAUGCAGGGCCCAACCGGCUUGGCUUUCGGGUAUGGAGAUGAGGCCGCCGUAGCCAAGGGCCUCAAUACCUACAUCACCUCCACAAGGUCGCCGCUGGUGAUUAACGGGGCGGUUAUGGGUAGGGGUGUUAUAAGCGGCGAUCAGGUCAGGAACCUGGCGACGCUGCCCCCCAGAGAGGAACUGCUGGCCAGACUUCUGGGGCAGAUGCAAGCGCCGGUGACUGGUCUGGUAUAUGUGCUCAGCGCCCCUCUCAGGGGCUUGGUUACCGUCCUGCAACGCGCGGCUGAAAGCGGCAGUGGAUCCCAGGGCGGGACUGCGGUUAUGGACGAGCCGGCUGAGCAAGCCGAGACCCCUCCGCCGGACGAUCCGGUAGAGGUAGCAGAGGAUAGCGCGCCCGCAGAGGUCCAGGCCGAGGUCGAUGAGGAAUCGGCUCCGACGGCGGAGGCCGAAGUUGUCGCAGAUGAAGAAGAGUCGCCGCCCACUGAGGAAGAGGAGGCUGAGGCCGAAGCAGCCCCUUAG